AUGACGUCAUGGCCAUCUUCGUGGCGCUAAGGUCGCCGGAGCUGGAGGUGGUUGGCCUCACCACCAUCUUCGGCAACGUCUACACCGCCCUCGCCACCCGCAACGCACUGCACCUCCUGGAGACCGCUGGGAGGACCGACAUCCCCGUCGCGGAGGGUUCCCAUGUAACAAUCAAGAAAGCCACCAAGCUACGGAUUGCCAGCUUCGUCCACGGUUCGGAUGGCAUCGGCAACCAGAACUUCCAUCCACCGCCCGGUAAGGCGGUGGAGCAGUCCGCCGCCGCCUUCCUUGUCGAGCAGGCGAACCUCUACCCCGGACAAGUAACCGUCGUCGCCCUCGGCCCCCUCACCAACCUCGCGCUGGCCGUCGAGCUUGACCCUUCUUUCCCCAAGAAGAUUGGGCAAAUCAUUAUCAUGGGUGGUGCUUAUUCAGUUAAUGGAAAUGUCAACCCUACAGUUGAGGCAAAUAUAUUUGGCGAUCCUGAUGCGGAUGAUAUAGUUUUUACCUGCGGCGCUGAUAUUUUGGCCAUCGGAAUUAGCAUUACGCACCAAGUAAUCCUUUCUGGUAAUUCUCUUGCUGCCGAGAGCUGUUAUUAUACCUUGUUACUUUUGAAACCUUGUUAUGUAUAAGAGCU